GUCAUUGAUAAAAUUAUUAACAAACUAACGUCUUUUGGACAGCGUAAGAACGCCAGCGUGUAAGUGGAGAACGCGCAGAUGCCAAGGUUCCAUGCUGAUGAGCGCUGAUGUGUGUCCACGUUGGGCUGAACCACUACAUACAAUCGGAGUAGUUGCUGUUGUCGUAUGAACCUGUUGGCCUCCAGUUGCCGCGUCAAAACCGGAAGAGGACAUUUGAGGCUUGACAAGAUUUCCCCAAUCAAACAACCCGCAGUCAUUGGCGCCGCUGUUCCGAGAACAUGUCUGAGUUCCUUCUGCUCUUCCUCAUCAUCUUUCUUCUUCUGUGCUUACUGACGACCGUGGGGCUCUACCUGAUCUGCUCGGGCCUCCUGUUUGACGUGGAAGUGAAGACGGGACCACCCCCGAUUAAAAAUGUGACCUUUGCUUAUAAGUUCAAAGAAGGAGCCUACAAAGACUGUGGGUCAGCUUUCACAGAGACGUGCAGCAUUGGACCAAAGCAGAGGACCAUCGCUAUCUUCUAUGAUGACCCCAAACAGAGGCCACUGAAGUGUCGCUACGUUGUGGGCAGCAUUCUGUGUGAGGGUGAAGAGAAACCAGAUGAAGACCUAAAGAAGCUUUAUGAGAAAUUUGGCUUCAAGAUGUUUUGUCUACCUGAAGUGAACCAUGCUGUGACCACCAGCUUCCCCUACACCACCUCAUUUUCCUACAUUCUGGGACCUCACAAGGUGUACCCGAGGCUCAAAUCUUACAUUGAGGAAAGAAAGCUGUCAGCCUUCCCAAACAUUGAGAUUUGUUGCUCGUCAGUCACCAAUUAUAUGGUGCCACUCUCCCGCCAGACUGAUUUCUUUGUCCCCGAGAUGAGGGAUGAGGCCAAAGCUGAUGUGAAAGAGGAAGACUCUGAUGAAGACCGAGGAACUGAUAUUACAGGUGCAGACUCUCACAGCGAUGCCAGCUCAGGAAGCGGCGGCCUCCCUUGGGACAGCCGAGAGACAUCCCUGGCCGCGUCCACGGCUGCCUCCUUGGCUUCAUCUCUCCCUCUAAGGGACGUGGAGGACGCGCAAGGAGACGCUAAGCGUAGAGACGGCAGCGAGCGAGGCUCCGAGGACUCGCUGGCCAGCGGCUCGUCCUUCGAGGAGCUCGACAUGGAUCAAGAGGAGCAGGCAGGAAAGGAGGAGGAAGAGGUCCCCGAGUGCGGUGAUAAAAAAUCGGAUGAACUUUUGCAAGAAGAGAAGGCAGAGAAGUUGCCUUCAGUGGACGACGGCAAGGAGUGACGAUGUAUAGAGAGAAGGGAUGUUAGCCACUUAAUGGUGGCAUGCUUGAGAGAGAGAGUCAGUUAUUAUUGUUGUUGCUGGUUAUCUGUUGCCAUGUUACCAUGUUGCUGGAUUUCAAACCCAUUUACACCAUAUUUGAAUAUUUCUGUUCACUCUAAUCUCAUUAAAAUUUUACAUACUCAUACUCAAAUCAAGUGUAGUCGCUUACACAACAUCCUGUACCUGGUGGCCUCACCCAAAAAAAAAAAAAAAAAAACGUAAUGACAGACUAUUUCUUUUGACAAGUAGUUGUUCUCACUUUUGAUUGUCAUUUUUAGGAAAGCAUUCUUUUUACAACAUUUUAUGAAUGAACUUUUGGUUUGCAGUGUUGCAGUCAAACCUAAGUUCACAAACUUAGUUCAUUCCACCUAUUGCGAAGAUUGCACUUGUUUGCAGUUGUCUGCCUAUGUAAAUGCAUCAAGAAAUUAGAAGUCUUCAAAAAGCGUACAUACUGAAAUAAUGGUGUGUGGUGGUAGUGUAAGGGAAUUAACUUACUUUGCGUGUCACCUGAUAUCGCUGAUGUAGAUAGAUGAAUAACAAAAGCACUUUUUGUAGUAAACAACUUUUGGACCAAUUAAGUGAAAUUGGAUCAUAUCCCAUGCAGUGUUGGGAGCCCCUGCAAAAAAUUGUGUGGGUGUACCUAAUGAAGAGGUGCACAUUCAGUCAUCAGUAUUCUUUUGUUAAUUUUAUUUGUAGCAUUGUAGCCUAAGUCCAGUCAAUCAUCACCAUAAAUGACUGUGACAGAUUGAAAAUUAUGUACAGCACAUGGUUGUGUAUGUGUGUGUAUAAUAAUAAAAAAAAGAAAAAUGCAAAGGUCCUCUCGUUGCAGUUUGUUGCACUAAUCUAAAUUAAGUCACGAGUAUUUCUUGAGAGUGCAUCUUGUCUGUAAGAGUUAUUACACAGAGCCCCACUAGCUGAACACAAUUGCUUUUGUGGUGCAGUGUGGGCGGUGUUUGCAGACAUUGUUGCUCAUUGAUUAGCUUCUUGUAACUUAUUAGGCUCAAUUGAAGUCACUUACUCUUUAUAGUUAAGACAGCAGCUCAACGGCUAGAUAAAUAGGGAUUGGUUCCUGACAUGGAAAAAGGUAAUGCACUUAGAGACCGUUGUAGUGGCGAACUAUGAGCACUACACCUGCGACCAAAGUUUUUGAGUCAUCCAACUGAAUUUGUGAAAUGUCUCAAAAGAAUUGAACACAGGUGUACUAUAACAGAAAAUAUAACAGGUUUUACCCAUGCAUUAGGUGACUAUUAUACUUACUCUAACAAGGCAUACAUGAGAAACUGAUUUUCAUUCAAAUUGUACUUUUUCAAUGAUGUGCAAAAAAAAAAAAAAAAAAAAAACAUUAACAAACAUAAGUACAAAUGAC